AACACUAAUCUGUGAAUAUUGAUUUUAACUAUUUUUCUUGAAAGUCAAGACGAAGUAAAGUUACAAGAAAUUUAACAAAAUAGAAAACAGACUUCACUGUGCAUACACUUAAAUGCAAGUUGUGAAGAAGAAGAGAUUAAUCUAACUCUCAACAAUGGGCGACAACGAGCAGAAAGCUCUUCAGCUGAUGGCCGAGGCUGAAAAGAAGCUGACACAACAAAAAGGCUUUCUCGGCUCUCUCUUUGGCGGUUCGAAUAAAGUCGAAGAUGCCAUCGAAUGUUAUCAGCGUGCAGGCAAUAUGUUUAAAAUGUCCAAAAACUGGACCAAGGCUGGCGAAUGUUUCUGCGAGGCAGCCACUCUACAUGCCCGUGCUGGGAGUCGGCAUGAUGCCGGCACUUGCUAUGUAGACGCCUCCAAUUGCUACAAGAAGGUGGACGUGGAAAGUGCAGUAACUUGUUUAAUGAAGUCCAUUGAUAUAUACACCGACAUGGGACGCUUCACCAUGGCUGCUAAGCAUCAUCAGAGCAUUGCUGAAAUGUAUGAGGGAGACCCAAAUACACUGGCCAAAUCCAUUCAACAUUAUGAGCAGGCAGCUGAUUAUUUCAAGGGUGAGGAGUCUGUGAGUUCGGCCAACAAAUGUAUGCUCAAGGUGGCCCAAUAUGCCGCCCAACUGGAGGACUAUGAGAAAGCGAUUUCCAUAUACGAGCAGGUUGCUGCAUCAUCGCUAGAGAGCUCUCUACUUAAAUAUAGCGCCAAGGAGUACUUCUUUAGAGCAGCUUUGUGUCAUUUGAGUGUUGAUUUGCUCAAUGCCCAGCAUGCCAUUGAGAAAUACGCCCAACAAUAUCCAGCAUUCCAGGACUCACGGGAGUUCAAGCUUAUUAAGGUCUUGUGUGAGCAUCUGGAGGAGCAGAAUAUUGAAGGAUUCACAGAGGCAGUUAAGGAUUAUGAUAGCAUUUCGCGUUUGGAUCAAUGGUAUACCACAAUAUUGCUGCGCAUCAAGAAGGCCGCCGACGAGGAUCCCGAUUUGCGAUAAACAAUUUAUAAGUUAUGAAAUCCAAUUCUAAAUACACCUUACACAACAACACUAACAAAUUAUACACAUUUAUUAAAUGCUAUUAAUUCAGUUCUCGAUUAUAAUCGAUCUAUAUGCAUAUAUAAAAAAAUAUAUAUGAUUAAAUUUCAUGUGUUGCAAAUGCGAAAUAAUUAGCCGAACACUUAAAAAAAAAAGAAAAGAAAAUAUAUAAGCAACGAAAAAUUGUAGGCAACAUUUUGUUUUAUGUUAACCAGGUUUAGAUUUUUGUUACAGUUACAAAUCAAUUGUUUAUGUUUACUACUAUAUAUGAAUAUAUACAUAUAUUCGAUUAAUUGGUAUUUUCUUUUUUUUUUUUUGUUAAUUUUAUGUAGAAUGUGUGGUAUAACUUAGCCAAAUUUUAAAUUAGCUGCUGUGUUUCGGUUUUGCAUUAUAAAUGUGUAAAAAGAGAGAAAUAUUUAAAUGAAAAAUUAAACAAGAACAACAUGAAUUUCAAUCAAAUUAUAUAAUUCCAUUGAUAAUGCACAUAGAUAUAUAUAUAUAUAUAAACCAACAUCAAGAGUUUAGGCAAACAUAUGCUAUCUAUGAAUAUAUAUAAAACUAUUGGAAAAAGAAAACAAAACACAAUUAAAAUGUUCUUAACGAAAACAAAACAAAAAGAAAAAACAAAACAAAACUUGAGGGUCACAUUAUUUGAAAAUUCCAUCUCGCAGAAAGCAGAAAACGUGAAUAAAUAUUAUAUAUAUAUAUAUAAAGAAAUCGAUACAUAUAUAUAUAUUAUAUAAAUGUUUAGUAGAUCAAUAAACUUUGAAGCUGCAGAUACCAAGUAAUAAGUAAUAACAUUCAAAUGUCAAGUUCUAUAUAAAUAACCAUUUUUCCUACUACAUAAAAUGAAUACACCUAAUAAAACAAAAAGGCUCUUAAAAUCGCAUGCGCUUGAGACAGAAUGAUACUACUACUACGUAUUUCAAAUUUUAACCGAUUCAAUAAAGUUAAUCGCUUGAAUAAAUCAUCAUCUGCGGCGGUGUAAAUGGAGUUAAAAUAUUCCAACCGAUUUUGAAAGCCAAAGAGUGUUAUUUAGGCAAAUAAAAUACUACUUAUAAAGAUAUAAAUCAAA